AUGUCUACUUGGGUAUAUCCCCCCAUACCGCCGGAUGAACUGCGCAAGGCGGAAGAAGACUCUUUGAAGCUCGAGCUUCAGUGGCUUUUGAAGUCCCUACAACACUCACUUGGUGCGCUUAAAGAGGGUCUCGAGGAAUGUGCGGCAUUGCUGGCUGCAAAGGAACCAGGGUCAACUCUCGUGUUGUCAUCAUUAAGGUCUGAAAGUGUCAAAGGUUUUGUCACACGGGUUGGCACCAAACUUGUCAAAGGCGAUAUACAUCUACGCCUUACAACACUGCCUCCCAACACACCUCGAGGCACCACGACAUCUACCCCGUCCACGAGGCUUAUAUUUCACUCGUCUGCUUCCACUGCUGAUAUUCUCCUGCCGCAGUUACAGGCAGUCCGAUCAAGGAUCAAUGAUUCCCUUGAUAUCAUUGACAUAGCGAGAUGGACAGGUCAAUCCACAGAUUCGUCUUUCAUCUCGGGACAACUUAGACUUCUUCAUGAUCACCUUCGUGAAGCCCGGUCCUAUCUGAAAGGGCCUGUCACCGGCGCCGAGGUCGCAGCCAUACCCGGAGCAGAAUGGUGGAAUUGCAGUGCGGAUGAGAGUAUAUUUCAACCACCUCUGGGUGAUUACCUGAGUCUACACUUCACAAUCCAAGAUGCGAAUCUUGUGCUCACUGUCAGGACUCUGGCACCGACAUCGCCCGGCGGAACUCCAAGUACUCCAGCCGAGGGCUCAUUUUCUUUGUCUGGUUUCAACCUUAGGUCGAAGCUAUUAGGUCUCGGACCAAGACCACCGAAUCAUGAUGAAAUGGGCGAGAUGUUUGACUGGCGUGGGAAACAAGAGGUCAUUGUUCGCGAAAAAGUCCGGGUUGAGAGUGGCGAUCCGAGCUUGAUGAGUGUAGCAGCCAAGCUGAGUGCCCUGGAACACGAGGUUGCCCGGUGGCGCAUGAACCUACGAAUUAUUUUGACGGGAAGCGUUGAAGAGGAUUGA